AUGGAUAGAAAAACUAAGGGUAUAGGUAACCAAGAUACUGAUUAUUCAAGUGAUGAUGCUGAAGACUUAUUCACUACUUUAACUACAGUAAACAAAACUAAAGAAAAAAAAGUAUCAAAUAAGUUAAUUACAAGUGCUGCUAAAUUAGAAAUUGAAAGUAUUACAUUAAAAGAUAACAUCAACACCAUAUCAGAAUUGAUAAAAUCAUGUCCAGUUGAAGAUAUAAAACUGAUAAACUCAAAAUUAGACACUUUAAAUAAUGAAGUUCAAAAUUUUUUGAAAAAUGGGAAUGGUAAUAAUGAUAAGGUUGUAGAAUUGUUAUUUAAUGAUUUGAAAUCUAAUUCGGGUGUGUUUUUAAAUCUUCAUGAUUUGAUAACUAAUCUUACUACAAUAUCAAAUAACAAUCAUACAAUCUUAAAAAUCACCUUGGAUAAACAAACUAAGAUUGAGUCGCAAUUGGAUUCAAUAAGUGACAGUGUCAAAGUCUUGAAUGAUAAGUUUACGAAUCAAAGUAAUGAUAUUAGUUUAAUUAAUGAAUUUUUGGGCAAAUUUACACCAAGAAUAAUUAAUCUCGAAAAUUUAUUUGAAACUUUAAAAUAUUUAAUGAUUGAAAGGAAUGAAACAAAUAAAACUAAUAAAACAACUAAAGAAACCACUAAUGAAACAACUAAUAAAACGACUAAUAAAACGACUAAUGAAACUAAUGAAACUAAUGAAAAAGAUAAGUAUAACAAGAGAAGAAAGUUAAUGUAG